GCAGCAGCAGCAACAGCAGAGGAAGCAGCAGCGGAGGGAGGGAGGGACACAGCCGAGAAGUCCUCUAUGGAAUCCCCGAGGCUGGUUGAAAGGCUGACGUGAUGACGUGAUGACGUUACCGGGAGAAGCGGCUCUCCAGCGGGCUGACAGCUGAUGGAGAGGAGUCCCUGCUCCUCCUCCUCCUCCUCCUCCUCCUCUUCCUCUUCUUCUUCUCCUCUCACACAUACAACCGGGAUCAAAUGAGGAGGACACGGAGCGCAGAAAUGAGACGCUGAUUUGGAGAAUAACAGAGACAGAAGCGUGAACUGGAACUCCUGGGACGUGUUGGAUUAAGGUUUUUGCUGGUUUAAAAUGAAGCUUUUUGUGGAUGUUUGAUUUUUUUUUUUUGUCAUCUCACAUGGCAUCGGUCACGGUGGGUUUCUAAAACAUUUUUUUAUGGUACUUUGAUUUGUUGCCUUGUCAAUUGAAAUCACAUCAACAAGGCAACUCAGUGAUCAAACACAUCAAAAUGACUUGAGUGCCUUUUGUUGUAUGUGUGUGCAGGUCAUUCGACUUCAUCACUUCAUUAGUCUAACAGUGCUGAAGUCCACAGUUUACUGACCUCAUGUGUGCUCUUGAGGAAGUUUUCAUUGAUCACCUUUAAUCACUGUUGUAGAUCAUCCAGAUAGCCGACGGAAAGACCGAGUACUAUGCACCCUUGUCGCUGUCUCACAUCCAACCAAGAACCUGAAACCUCAGUGGAGGAGAGCCGUUCAUAACAGUGCUAAUCCCUCGGAAGAAAACCUUCCCUCUGGGUGGUGCUUUUUUAUUCACGGGGGAGUAAAAGAGCUGCAGGGAUGUUCGCAGCCGUAGAACAUGGCCCGGUCCUGUGUAGCGACUCCAACAUCCUCUGCCUGUCGUGGAAGGGCCGGGUGCCCAAAAGCGAGAAGGAGAAGCCGGUGUGCAGAAAGCGAUACUACGAGGAGGGCUGGCUUGCCACCGGUAACGGUCGAGGAGUUGUCGGGGUCACUUUCACAUCCAGCCACUGCAGACGGGACCGGCCCACUCCACAGAGAGUGAAUUUCAACCUCAGAGGACACAACAGCGAGGUGGUGUUGGUGAGGUGGAAUGAGCCUUUCCAGAAGCUGGCCACUUGUGACACAGAUGGAGGGAUAUUUGUGUGGAUCCAGUACGAGGGCCGCUGGUCUGUGGAGCUGGUCAACGACCGUGGAGCUCAGGUGAGUGACUUCACCUGGUCCCACGAUGGCACCCAGGCUCUUAUAUCCUACCGUGACGGCUUUGUCUUGGUCGGCUCCGUCAGCGGGCAGAGACACUGGUCCUCUGAGAUCAACCUGGAGAGUCAGAUCACCUGUGGUAUCUGGACUCCCGAUGACCAGCAGGUGUUGUUUGGUACUGCAGACGGACAGGUCAUAGUGAUGGACUGCCACGGGCGCAUGCUGGCACACAUACUGCUGCAUGAGUCGGACGGUAUUGUCAGCAUGUCCUGGAACUACCCCAGUUUCCUGGUGGAGGACAGCAGUGAGAGCGACACCGACUCUGACGACUACUCCCCACCACAAGUGCACAGCCAGAAACCACUGCUGACAGUCAGCUUCACCUCUGGAGACAUCAGCCUGAUGAACAACUACGACGACCUUUCCCCCACCCUCAUCCGCACUGGUCUGAAAGAUGUGGUGGUCCAGUGGUGUUCGCAGGGAGAUCUACUUGCUGUGGCGGGGAUGGAGAGAACGCUCCUCUCCCCUGACACCUCCUGCCCUCCGCUCAUCAGGAACGCCAUCGUCAAGUUCUACAAUGUUCGGGGCGAGCACAUCUACACACUGGAUACACCAGCACAGCGCCCCAUCACUACGCUCUGCUGGGGUCACAGGGACUCUCGUCUGUUCUUGGCUUCGGGCCCGGCGCUCUACGUUGUUCGAGUGGACCACCGCGUCGCCACCCUGCAGCUACUCUGUCAGCAGGGCAUCGCCACGGCAGUGAAGGAAGAGAAGGAUGUCGCCAAACUCACCAUGCCUUCGCGCCUCUGUUCUUACGUCACUGCCGCUUUUGUCCCCACCAUCAAGCCCCCCAUCCCCGACCCCAACAAUAUGCGCGAUUUUGUGAGCUACCCGACGUCUGGGAACGAGCGUCUGCACUGCACCAUGAAGCGUACGGAGGACAAUCCUGAGGUGGGGGGACCCUGCUAUACUCUGUAUCUGGAGUACCUUGGAGGUCUGGUGCCUAUCCUCAAGGGCCGACGGAUAAGUAAACUGCGCCCUGAGUUCGUCAUCAUGGAUCCCAAGACUGACGGGAAGACAGAUGAGAUAUAUGGCAACAGCCUGAUAUCUGCCAUGAUUGACAGCUGUAACUGCUCUGACUCGAGCGACAUUGAGCUGAGCGAUGACUGGGUUGGGAAGAAGUCUCCGAAGAUAUCCAGGGGUAGCAAAUCGCCCAAACUGCCCAGAGACUUAGUUUGUCCCUUUACCAACAGGAUCAACAUCGAUCCCAGAAAAUCGCCCAAACUGUCCCGUGCCACGCAGGAGAUCUCCAGGUCGCCGCGGUUACCCAUACGGAAACCCUCAAUUGGGUCCCCCAGUCUAACACGGAGGGAGUUUCCUCUAGAUGACAUCACUCAGCAAAAUUAUCUCGCUCAGGUCACAUCUAAUAUUUGGGGAACUAAGUUCAAGAUAGUGGGGCUGGCCACAUUCUUGCCAACCAAUCUUGGUGCAGUUAUAUAUAAGACAAGCCUCCUCCAUCUGCAGCCCAGACAGAUGACCAUCUACCUGCCAGAGGUGCGAAAGAUCUCUAUGGAUUACAUCAAUCUGCCCGUCUUCAGCCCCAAUGUUUUCAGUGAAGAUGAAGACGACCUGCCUGUCACAGGCCCUGCUGGUAGCGCAGAUGACAACCCACCCUGCACCGUCAACAUCCCUAUUGCUCCCAUCCAUAGUCCGGCCCAGGCCAUGUCCCCCGCCCAAAGCAUUGGUCUUGUCCAAUCACUCCUAGCCAAUCAGAAUGUCCAGUUGGAUGUCCUGACCAAUCCCACAGCAUCCCCUGCUGGUGCAGCUGCCAGUGGGUCAGACCAAAACCAGGACAAUAUCCUGACAACACAGUACACGGUCCCCACCAGGUAUUCCAGUCCAGGUCAGGUCAUUUUUGGAGGACUGGAAGUGGGUCGCCUAAUGAUUGGACCUCCACCUUCUCAUCAUUCUUCACAACAGCAGCAGCAGCAACAUCCACAACAACAACUGAGUCAACAUCAACAACAACAACUGAGUCAGCAUCAACAACAACAACUGAGUCAACAUCAACAACAACAACUGAGUCAACAUCAACAACAACUGAGUCAGCAUCAACAACAACAACUGAGUCAACAUCAACAACAACAACUGAGUCAACAUCAACAACAACAACUGAGUCAACAUCAACAACAACAAUUGAGUCAACAUCAACAACAACAAUUGAGUCAACAACAACAACAACAGCAGCAACAGCAGCAACAACUACUACAACACCACCAACAACAAAUUCAGCACCACCAACAGCAGCUUCAGCAGCAACAGCAAAUCCAACAGCAGCAGAUGCUCCAGCACCAACACUUACAACAGCAGCAGCAGCUUCAGCAGCAACUCCAACACAUUCAGCAGCAGCAGCAUCAGCAGCAGCUUCAGCAGCACAUGCACAUACAGCAACAGCAACAACUGCAACAGCAGCAUCAGCAGAUCCAGCAGCAGCUACAGCAGCAGCAACAAAUGCACCAUCAACUGCAGUCUCAGCAGCAGCAGAUGCAACAGCAGCAGCAUCACCAUCAACUCCAGCAGCAGCUUCAAAUUCAAAUCCCCGUUUCCUCCAUGUCAUCAUCACCUUCGGGCGCCGCUCUGCACCAGCUACAGACAGGGGCGCUUCAAAUCCAGAUUCCUCACUCGCCUGCUGAUUUAAUGGUUGAACGAGCAGCGGGGGCUGAACACGAACACUUACUUAAAAUCAAAACCACUCGGUCGACUCCGCAGCUGGCUGAGGGUGAUACAGUGGUGUUUAGUGCCCCUCUAGAGCUCAGUAAGAUGAACCCUCCACCCCCCUACCCAGGAACAGUGGCUGCUGCUGUGGCAGCUGCCGCGGCCGCUGCCGCCGCCGCCUCUGCAUCUGCUUCCUCCGCAGCUUCCACCAGUGCUGCAUCUGGAACAGGAGUCGGCACCAAUGGGACUCCUCCUCCCGGUGACCUUUGUCUGAAGAAGGGAGAGUUUCCGCUUUAUUCUUCAGGUCAGCAACAAGCGCAGUACCCCACGCCGCUGGGCUACGAGAGGAUAACUACAUUUGAUAGCAGCGGGAACGUGGAAGAAGUAUGUCGUCCUCGGACACGCCUUGUUUGCAAUCAGAAUGUCUACACCCUCCAGGGACCUGGCAGCUCUGCCACUCUCAGGGUCACCUCCUCUUCAUCCUCAUCCGCAGCUGACAAGAAGAUCCAGCUGCCCUACACCUCAGCUACUCUCAACAGACUCACCGCACCUCGCUAUUCCAUACCCAGUGGAGACCCGCCUCCGUACCCCGACUCGGCCAAUCAGAGCAGCACUGUUGGCAGGAACCCUGGACAGAGGAUCGACAGCAGUCUGAUCCACGCCACCCUCAGGAGGAACAGCCGAGAGGCUGCGCUUAAAGUUUCCCAAAUGCUGGAACCACCUAGACCACUGCCUCCCAAGGCCAAAAACAGUAGUGCACUAGCAGCCUCAUUCCAGCAGAGGGUGCCAACAGCCUUAUACACCUGCAGUCAAUGCAGCAGUGGAUCCAGUGUUGGAGGCACUGCCCCAGGGAGCGCAAACGGAAUAGCAGGAGGAACUAUUAUCAGACAGGAUUUUCCUCCAGGGAACGGGGCACCACACAGCACAGUUAUUGUUCACUCAAACAGCGCUACUCCUCUGGCCUCCCAGUCCUCUUACAAUCUAAUGAGUUCGCUUGAAGGAUCAGGGAAUGCAGGGGGAGCGGGAAGUAACCGAGACAGGGCAGAUUACGUUAAUUCAGCAUUUACUGAGGAUGAAACACUGAACCAGUCACUUAGACAUCUGGCGCUAGGAGGAAAUGAUGCAUCAGGACUGGUAGUCAAACGCCCGCCUCCCUAUCAGUGGGACCCAGCUGCCACAGAGGAGGUGUGGGUUCCUCAGGAACGGACAGCAACUUUGAACUCCACCGGCCCCACUGGACCACACAAACCGCCCCCUCUUAUUCUUAGCCCAGCUCAGCACUUGGAUGUAACCAGGCUGCCUUUUGUCCUUUCUCCAAAGUCCCCCACUAGCCCCAGUGCUGCAUCUUUCCAAGCUGCAGCAGCAGCUACAAGCUACCAAAUCUCUCUUCAGUACCCCCCUACAACUGCCUAUUCUGGAGCUCAGCUCCAGCCCAUCCCAGGGUCACCACGCCCCUGCUCCUCCCCAAAGGAGAUGGUUGCCCCAGUGCCCUUCUCACAGCAGGAUGCAACACUUGUCUUACCACCAGGCUAUCCCGCAAACCUUGCCAACUUAGCCUGCUGCCCGCUCCCACCCAUGUAUCCAGGAGGUAGUUCUUGUGCUGCACUUCCCAUUCCUCCCAUUGCGCUUCACACACCUUGGGGCACCUAUAACUCUUGCCCGCCUAUGCCCAGUCCUGCAGUGCCACUACCACCCAAAGCCUCUCACAUGACAGGAGACAAAAACGUUCUCUCGCCACCCCCUCCUCCUCCCCCUCCGCCCCCUCCGCCACCGCCGGCCGAGCUGCAGAGCCACGGAGGGUUACAGGAGGCCGUGGCAGAGGCCGGGGAAGGUUUCCAGGAGGUGCUGUCGCUCACCGAGAGCCCUGUGCCACAGCGGUCUGAGAAAUUCAGCAAGAAGAACCGCAAGCGGGUGGAUGGCCGGACGGAAGAGGCCAACGUUCCACCGCUUGCCGAAGGGAACAAAUCCAAAAAGGAAGGCAGAGCUCUGGGCGAUUUCAAUUCGCUCAUCUCAAGUCCACGACUGGGAGGAAGAGACAAGAAGAAGCUGAAGGGGCAGAAAGAGCAGCAGUUGAAGGCUAAGAAAUUGAGCAAAGCCACGGCCAAUAGUGAGUUCCAAGAUAGUUCAGAAAGUGAACCAGAGCUGUUCAUCAGUGGGGAUGAGCUGCUCAAUCAGUGCCAGAGCAGCAAGAAGGGCUGGAAGAGUAAGAGGAACCUGAGGGCUGCCAGUGAGCUGGAUGAGAUCAAGUGUCGAAAAGCCAACGAGAAGGAGGACAGAGGUCUGGGCAGCCAGGGGUUUGUGUAUGUCAUGGCCAACAAGCAGCCUCUGUGGAAUGAAGCCACGCAGGUCUACCAGCUGGACUUUGGUGGGCGUGUCACACAGGAGUCUGCCAAGAACUUUCAAAUUGAACUGGAGGGAAGACAGGUGAUGCAGUUUGGUAGGAUUGAUGGCAACGCCUACAUCCUAGACUUCCAGUAUCCCUUCUCUGCUGUCCAGGCCUUUGCAGUAGCUUUGGCCAAUGUCACUCAACGCCUCAAAUGAGAUGUUCCCUCUCUACUUACCCUGAGUUAUAUCUGGGAUUUAAAUGCAAUCUAUCGAAAGGGCACUAUUGUUUCAUUUGAGAUUAACAAACUCUUGGAGUGGAUUUUUGGACUAAAAAUCAGCCCUGGCCAUGGAGAGAAAAACAAUCACGCUGCACUACACAAUGCUGCCACUAGAGUUGGUGCAAUAAGCAUUGGCUGCAUUUGUCGAGGAUGCUGUCAGAUCCGUUUGGCAUUCAGCGGCACCCUGCACCGCAUGUAGGGCCAAAGAGCUGAGCUUUGGUAAUCACCAUGCAAAUAAAUGCUGCUUUAGCUAGAAGAAGCUUAUUGAUGUGAUAACCCGUAGGUUAAAAGAGAGAGGGAUGAUCAAGGUGCAGUUUUCAAAAGAAGCAGCAGUAAUACUUGAAAACCACACUCUGGAGAUCGUUGUUGUUUUUCCCCAGAGCGCACAGGUACUACUGGGCACUGAAAUCCAUUGCUGUACAAACCUUAGUGAAACAGUUACCACUUUAUUAUACUGCUUUUGCUUUUAGGAUUUUAUUAAACGGCGAGAGAGUAGGAGGGUCUUUUUGUUCAUGCUCUCUGCCAUUUCUUUUGUUACAAUCUCAGUCCGUCUUCAGUCGAGGCUUAGAUAUAUGCAUCAAUUAGGAGCACUACUAAGAGUUCAGACUUUUCACCGUCGUGAAAGGUGCACCACUGUUAAACACUUGGGAUGGUAAAGGAGUAGAUAAUAGCUGAGGUGAAGUGCAGUCUUUUCCACAUUGGACUUUGAAGGAAGAAGAAACGUUUCUCUGCUACAUGGAUUAAUUUAUAUGUACAUGUUGUUGUUUAUCUAUUCAGAUAUGAAUUUUAACAUUAUUGUCAUUGUUUGUGUUACACAAUCCUCAUAUCCUGUCAUCACGGUUUUCUUACUUGCUUCAUUUGGGAGACUGAAUUUGAAUAUUGCUGUGUCGUCAGGAGAAUUCAGGUGGGAGUAGUGUACAGAAAAGCUUUGGCUGACAUAUCCUACUACUUAGUUAUUUAGCUACACAUGGUGACAUGGGCGCCAAAGAAGUCGGUAAGGCCUAGACUGACAAACUGACCCGCUGGCAUGAAGUGAUUUGUCACCUGCUGUCACUUCUGUGAAGUGAGUAUGUAGUUGGGUGGGGGGGGAGGGGGCUGUCCCUGCUCUUGGAGACCACACUAAACAUGUAAGCAAGGUACAGGAAAUAUUUUUGUAUGUUUCACCUAUGCCAUUUCAUACUCUUUUCAGAAGUCAUGUAAAUACGAAGCGCAGUCGUAUGUAAAUGUUGUGAAGAGACUUGGGUGACUUUGACAGGCUUCUGUUUACACUUGGUCUCCACUGUGUUUUAAGUGUAAUUUCAGGUGUGGAGCAGAGCUGUAGUACUGUUUAUUUUAACAGCUACAAAGACACAUACACACACACAAAAAAGAAAUAAGCAUUAAAGCUGAAAUCAUUGUCACUGAACCUUCAAAGUCAGAACUCCAAUGAAGAAUGAAGCUAGUGAAAUCUGUCCAUUCAAUAAGCUGACUCUUGACAUCUGGGAAGCUGGUUUAUUUUUUAAGUUUCAGGCCGUGAAACUUUUAUUAUACUGAACGACAAAAGAACGAAAAACAAAAGGCUGUCUGGUAAGAGCAUGGGCAGUAGUGAAUAAUUAGGCACAUUGCAAAUAUCUGCAGUAGUUUUAUUUGCAUAAGAAGUUAGCAACAAUGGCUACAAAGUGCAGUAAUAUUUAGGCUUAAAUAAAACCGUAGGUGUGAUAAGAAUCGCCUCAAAUAUUUGUGCCAAAAUGCGCAUUUGCUAAAUUUAACUUUGAUUCAAACAGGCCAACAGGGACGUUUAUCGUGCAUCAUUUAUAUGGACCAGACCUGUUUUGGUCUCUGGAUAAAUGAGAUUAUUACAUUCUUUAUUAGGAUCUGUCCAUAUUACAAAAAAGAUGCAUGUCUUUUAGUGGGAAGUUGUUAGAAUGGAGAAAAAAAGGUCUCAUAAGAUCCUAAAAAUAAAGAACGUGAGCAUGUCAUACAGAUAAUACCCAUCUUUUUUUUUUAUGUUAGUUGUGCAAUAUUUUCUUAGGGAAAAAAAAAAAUCCUUUGUCAUUGCUUUUAACCACAAACCUUUUCUUUUAGUUCAGCAUCUCAGUUGCUGGUGUGUACAUUUUAUUUAUGAUAUUAUUUCCUAAAGGAGAUAAAAGUAUCUAUACAUACUGUAUAUUGUGGAGAUUUUUCUGAACAUUUCUUUGUGUUGAUAAAAGUUACAAGCGUAGCCCAAGUUGUGAGGAGGGAAUGUGGG